UUUUAGUGCGAGUGCGUCCCUGGUCCCUUUACCCUGCGGUUAGCGUUGGGGGGGUUUAUUCCUGCAGCAAUGAGUGUGUCGCUGAGAACUGAGCUUGCGAUAGAUAAACCAAAAAGGAAAAAACGCCGAGAAUUAACAGAAGAACAGAAACAGGAGAUUAAAGAAGCUUUUGAUUUAUUUGAUACUGACAAAGAUGAAGCAAUAGAUUAUCAUGAACUAAAGGUUGCAAUGAGAGCCCUGGGAUUUGACGUAAAGAAGGCUGACGUACUGAAGAUACUGAGAGAUUAUGAUCGGAAUGGCACAGGCAAAAUUUCUUUUGAGGACUUCAAUGAAGUUGUGACUGACUGGAUUUUGGAUAGAGAUCCACAAGAAGAGAUUCUGAAAGCAUUCAAACUGUUCGAUGAUGACGACUCUGGUAAAAUUAAUCUUCGAAAUUUACGCCGUGUUGCUAGGGAGCUUGGUGAAAACAUGACUGAUGAAGAGCUGCGUGCAAUGAUUGAUGAAUUUGAUAAAGAUGGAGAUGGGGAAAUUAACCAGGAAGAAUUCAUUGCUAUUAUGACUGGAGACAUCUGACCUUCAUGAAAAAGAUUAUAGGAAUAUUGAACAAGUGAUAGAUGACUUUUUUUUUUGUUGUCUCUGUCCAAGCACUGCAUGAGGAAAAAGAACCAAAAGAAUACCUUAGGAUUUCUACAGUACCAUCUAAAACAAUCAAAUGUACUUAAACUCUUGUCAUUAUUCCCAGAUUAUUUAAUCACAGUUUUGUAUUUGUUCUUUUAUUUCAGAACUCUAUAAAAUAAUGAGUAAUAAUUUUAUUUUUGGCAUUUAGCAUAAUUUUUAUACUUUUUGGAUACGUUUUCAAUGUUUAUAUUAAUGU